AUGUCACUGGUCUUCACAAACCAGAACUUCUCCCCCAUGUACUUCUUCCUCAGCCAUUUGUCUUUGAGUGACAUUCUCCUCAUCACCACCAUAGUGCCUGAAAUGUUCCACAUUGUAUUAAAUGAAGGAAGCACUCUCUCUUUUGCUGGCUGCUUCACUCAAUUUUACUUCUUCUCCCUGUCAGCCAUCACUGAGUGCUUACUCCUCACUGUAAUGUCCUAUGAUCGAUACUUAGCCAUUUGUAACCCAUUACGUUACUUCUCUAUCAUGGACCCAAAACUUUGUUUUCAACUUACAGUUUCAUCUUGGGUAUUAGGAAUAGUUUUAGCGUUACCACAUAUUGUUCUUUUAAACCAGAUGACAUUUUGUGGUUCGAAUAUUAUUAACCAUUUUUUCUGUGACCUAGUUCCUGUUCUAAAACUUUCUUGUUCAGGAAAAUCAGCCAGCGAAGUGCUAAACUUUAUAUUAGCUAUCCCUUUAGCGUUGUUCCCACUGCUUUGUAUCUCUGUGACCUACAUUAACAUCUCCAGUGCCAUUCUUCGAAUCUCCUCGGCCAUCGGGAGACAAAAAGCCUUCUCCACCUGCAGCUCCCACCUGACCGUGGUGUGUGUUUAUUAUGGAACACUGGUAUUUCAUUAUGUUGUUCCAACAAAAGAAACAUAUUUUGGUUUGCAGAAGCUGGUCUCUUUGCUUUACACCAUGGCCACCCCUUUAUUAAACCCAAUUAUUUACAGCUUAAGGAAUGAAGAGGUUAGGGGCAGGCUAAUGAAAUUUAUGUUGACAAUAAACAGGAGGAUUAGGCUAAAUAAAUAA